CUGAACACCAGAUUCGAAGAUCAUUUCGGAUCAGCUCUCAGUGGAGUUUCGAAACAACAUGAAUGGUCCGCGUUUUGGCGCCUUAUUAACAUCGAAUCUCCUCCUAAUUGUCUUAGUGUUGCAUCACUGCGGCCGGAUCUGCUUGACCCAUUGGACCUCACUCAGUGUUGCAAGAUCAUAUGAGCUUAAAGGAAUCAUCUGCCCAUCUUUGGACCAGCUAUCAGCCAAAGGGACGCGCCCAUAUGUAAAGCGGGAAAGAAGAGAUGAAAAGUAUGAGUAUUAUUACUUGACCGUCUUGUCCACGAGACUGAAGAAUUCCCGAGGACGAGAGGGCUCUCAAAUUGACAUGAUUCAAAGGAUGGCAUUUUGCCAUUUCUGGAAGUCUGGGGAACACGAACCAGGAUCGUACCCCGCUCCGGCUCCAGAUCUCUUUCUUGGCGCUCGUUUGAUAAUGGCAAUCACGUGAGAAUCGGAUAAAGCUGGCUAAGCCCAAUUAACCAAAUAUCUUGGUAGCGACUGACGUCUGAUUUUUAUGGUUCCUCCUGCCAUAGAUGCAAGGCCCAAACCAAAACGAAAGGGACAUGAAGCGCCUGAGGAAUAUGUUCUGCUUAAAAUUUGCUGAUUGGCUGGAAUUCCGGGUUAUUUUGAAUGUGUUCUCUUCAGUAUUUGUGGACCAUCAAUGCACUCUCAAGCAUACAAUUCUUUCGAACUAGUAACGAUCAACCGUUUAGGAGAAAAAGCAAGCAUUCGGUACGGCGAAGUAAAACGACAUGCUUACGGAACAAUACAAUACAUUACCAGGUUGACAUAUACGAUACGGAUGUAUCGUCCUGUUCUUUCAAUCGCACUAGCGGAGGCCACGGGCCCGGGCCGGUUGGAUUUGUGCACUUCUUGACGCUGACCCUUGCUCUGUUGCCCAGUCAGUCGGAGUUUGGCUGGAGCGGCGUACAGUAACGAGGGAAAAAGCCAUCGUGUCGCUUAGGUUGCUAUUUUCUAUCCUCAUUAGUUGUCCCGUUGGAUCCAAUGUCUUCGAUAGCAUACGGUCAUGGGCCUCCUCAGGGAUCUUUUGCGCCAUCCUGAGGUCAGGACUUUUGGGGCUGCGGGGAGCCGCGGCGAACCUGAUUAAUAUUUGUUUGAUUUUGGCGUGGAGGCAAGGGCUCUGUGAUAGUUGAUCGUUGAAGCAAGGACGGUCUGCUUUGACUGGGAUACCAAACUUUUCAGCCAAGGGGACGGCCAGCCGUCACUGCUGCUGCAGCAGGAGGUUGAUGAUCUUAUAGUUUGUCAAAGUUGCUCCACAUGAAGGUUUGCUAUACACCAACGAAUGUCUUCAUUUUGGAAUUUCAAAAAUCUUCACGAGGAAAAAGUUGCUUUUGAUUUGAUGAAUUUUGGCAUCCUGUAAGCGCUGGGGAAUUUCGGAAAUUUGACCGUGGCAUUGGCUGUUGAUCCAUCAUCAAUAUCUUCAAGAUCUUUUGCGGAGCCUAUGAGAUAACUAACUAGGUCAGAGCAAUUGGUCAACAACUGAUACGAUUUGGCUCCAUCCCAUGAGGACGGUGAUGAUGUAUUUUACAUGUGCUCGUUGGCCCAGGUUUCCCGCUUUUGUCGAUCUCAACUCGGAUACUUUUUUCCUUUGGCUGUUGCGCAUAUUUGAGUCGCAUGGCACAAAGCAUCAGAGUAACAUGUAACAUGUCGUAAAAUAAGGGGGAUAUCGAGGGGAUUGCAAUUGACGUUCGUUGAGCCACUCUGGCUGACUAAUCCACUCGCUUAACCAACAAAAGUUUAGACCUUCAUCUAUGAAAUACAAAACCCUACAAGCUUGC